AGCUAUUUUUAACAUCUUGAUGGGAGAGGCAAUUUAGUGCCAUAACUACUUCCUCCUUUCUUCAUUGAACCAUUUUCGUCGGCAGCAGACGGGUGCCACGUUCAGCAGUAAACUAAAGUCGUUAUUAUUCAGUCAGGUUUAUAUGCCCAUACCCAUUCCGGUGUCCUGUUUGAAGGAUGGCCGAUCUGAAAGGGUUUGUGUUAUCCUUUCUUUUUUAUCUUCUUGUACAAAGUGCUCCGUCUGUACAAGAUUCUCGUUUUUCGUGGCAUCGUUUCGGCCAAUCGUCAUAUCGGUUCUACGGAGAAGCACGAUCCUUUGAAGAUGCAAGAGCAAACUGCAUGAGCAAUGGCGGUGACCUGGCCAUAAUCAAAUCAGAGGAAAUUAAUAGUUUCCUGGCAGAAAUCAUAUCAACUUCGAACCCAUCAAGCGCUUGCUAUUUGUUUGGACUUAGACGAGAAAACGGUGGCAAUUUUGUAUGGCUAGAUGACACUCUGGAAAGAAGAACUGAGUCUUCAUGGGCUCCAUCAGAACCAAACGAUUCCCUUGGGAUAGAAGACUGCGCCUGCAUGUACACGCACCCUUCCGUUGAAUAUCAUGGGAAGUGGAAUGAUAUCCCGUGUCCGGGUCAAAGACCAUACAUCUGUGAGAGGCCACAGGAUUGUUUUCGUUUCACAGUCUUCGUCAAUUCUGGACGGACUUGA